AUGGAACUUGUUCCUGUCCCUGUUGCACAGGGGAACGUCCCCGUGAUGUAUAUGGAUGUCCGCCAAACGCCUCCUUCUGUCUCGAACGAGGCUAUGCAACGUUCUCCUCGCAUGAUGCUGGGUUCUGAUCCUACAUCAGCUGCUAUGCCGCCUCCUGGUGUAGACCGAGUUGUAGCGUCGCUAAACAAACUCAGCGCAGGCAAUGAGCAGACAUGGCUCUCUAUCGGUUCUGCCGCUGAAGCGAUGAACGAUCCUACGCGAGCCUUGGCAGCUUACGACUCUGCCUUGCUCCAUAACCCUUACUCUGUGCCUGCCUUGAGUGCAAUGGCCAGCGUGUAUCGAUCUAUGGAUCACUUUGACCUAGCAGUUGAGUACUUUCAGCGUGUACUUGACAUUGAUCGAGAAAAUGGCGAGGUUUGGGGCGCUAUGGGACACUGCUAUCUCAUGAUGGAUGAGCUGGAAAAGGCAUAUUCCGCCUAUCACCAAGCGCUAUGCUUUUUGCCCAAUCCGAAAGAGCCCAAGCUCUGGUACGGUAUCGGUAUCCUAUAUGAUCGAUAUGGCAGUCUUGAGCACGCAGAAGAAACGUUUUCGAGUGUAGUCCGUAUGAACCCGGACUAUGAGAAGGCCAAUGAAAUUUACUUCCGUCUCGGUAUCAUCUACAAGCAACUGGGUCAAUAUUCGUCCAGUCUUGAUUGUUUCCGCCAUAUUCUUAACAACCCACCCAAACCCCUCACUGAGAUGGAUAUUUGGUUCCAAAUUGGGCAUGUAUAUGAACAACAGCAAGAAUUCAAUUUGGCCAAGGAGGCCUACGAACGUGUUUUAUCAGAGAAUACCAACCAUGCCAAGGUACUACAGCAGCUAGGUGGGCUGUACAUGCAGCCAUCUUCUGGCUUUUACGAUCAUGAUAAGGCUAUGGAGCUCUUGCGCCACAGUCUUGAAUCUGACUCCAAUGAUCCCCAAACUUGGUACUUGAUGGGCCGCUGCUAUAUGAAUGCCCAAGAAUACAGCAAGGCCUACGAUGCGUAUCAACAAGCCGUGUACGUGGACGGCAAAAAUCCUGCAUUAUGGUGCUCGAUUGGUAUUCUGUAUUUCCAAAUCAGCCAGUUCCAUGAUGCACUUGGCGCCUUUUCCAGGUCUAUACGUCUAAACCCUUACAUCCCUGAGAUCUGGUUUAAUCUUGGCGCCUUGUACGAGUCUUGCAACAACCAAAUAUCUGAUGCGAUUGACGCCUAUCGACGCACGCUUGAGCUUGAUCCCGAAAACUCGCUGGUGCAAAAGCGGCUACCGCUUCUUCAAAAAGCCGAGCCGCUGGGGAAGGCUGUGCCCAACAUUCCUGCGCCGAAGGAUGUUCCCAUUGCUGCUUAUGCUUCGGCGGUUCUGAAUCCAGCAGGUUCUCCCUCGGCUCCGGGUGUGGAAGGCGAAGAGCCGUCGUGGUCUGGCGAACCGCCAGCUGUUCACCCGCGUGACGCCGUGAUGGAGGAUGAGCGAACUGUUGCACGAGCACACUCUCCCAGUCAUCGCAUGUACAAUGACGGCCCAGCAGGGCCGGUUUCGCUCCCUUCUUAUGCUUCAACGCAUAAUGAGCAAAGUCGAGACACUCCCUCUAUGGCCAAGCCCUACACUGCCCCUUCCGAAUGGGAUCGUCAAUCUGCCUCGUCCUAUGCUGAUGACCGUAUGGGUGCUUAUCCCAGCCGUGGCCCUCCUCCUUCUCGCUACGCUUAUGAGGGCCGAAGUGGUCGUUAUGAGUCGUAUCGUGAUACGCAUCCCUAUGCGGGGCCUAGUAGUCACCCUUCCAUGGCGCGCCGUGGACCUACAUCUCCGAUCAGGGACAUGGAACGACAGGAUCAUGAGUCAGAUCCUAUGCUGCGUCGUAAGCGUGACAUUCCGAACUUGCGCAGCACUGCCUCCCUUCGCUCGACAAGCUCUGACGUGCGCACCAUGACGGGAUACUCGUCAGAAAGGGAGGCAGAGGGACCGCCGCCUCGUAGCGCCAUGCCAGUGUCAUCGAGUCGUGAGAUUGAUGAAGACUAUGACGAAGGUGCUGCCAGUGCACUUAUGGGUCUAGCUGGCGCAGCCGCUUCGGCCUAUGAGGCAAAUGCAUGGAACCGUCAACAUGGAGAAAAUAAAAUGUCUCCAGGCCGCCCGAAACGUUCUGGGGAGCCAAACCGACCUUUCACCGAUGUGAAGCGUCGUCGAAAUGAUGACCAAGAUUAA